AUGGCGCGAGACCGGUUGUGGCUAUCCGACGUCGCGGAGGGUGUGCCUGCGACGUGGUAUCGCAGCACGUUCUCCGCGUACGUGCCGACGCGCAGGGAGGUGGAGACCGGCGUGCGGUCGAUUCCCACCCAGCUGGUGCACCCUGACGGCUCGUUCAGCGUGGGAGUGGACGUGGAGUCGAUCGACCCGCAGAAGCAUGGAGCAAGUCGCUUGCAAAAUGGUACAGUGCCGGUCCCCUGUGAGCCAACGCACGCAGCAACAGACGAGGAGGAGGAGGAGGAAUAUUCGCUCGUAGUGUACGCCUCCGGGAGAGAAGCACGCAAGCGCGCCGUGGCGCAAGACCACCCUUUGAUUCUGCUCUCCUGCACCGUCUACGCGGUGAUGGUGCUCUGGCUAGGGCCGUUCGCAACGCUCUCCCCGGACGCCACCGAGAGGACCACGACGCUGCUGUGGCUGUGCUGGUUCUCCGUGCUCGACGUGGUAGCGCUGAUGUGCGUGCUCUGGUAUUUCGGCUACUUCGAGCUCCUGAGCAUCAACACGGCGCUGCUGGCCUGCGUUUUGGCCGUGCUUCUGCCACACAUCGAGAGCGUCUAUUCGGUCGCCCUGGCCUUCGCGCACGUGUUAACGCUGCUGCUCACCUACUACUCGUUGUCCAAGUGCGAGCACAGGAUGUUCGUCAUCCCGAACUUCUGA